AUGGCCACCGACGAAGAGAAGCAGACGACGACGUUUAAGACUUUGGGGAUAUGCGACGAAUUGGUGGAUGCAUGUCAAAAAUUGGGCUGGACAGUCCCUACCCCAAUUCAAGUCGAAUCCAUGCCUUCAGCCCUUGAUGGAAAAGACUUGAUCGCACUUGCACAAACGGGUUCGGGUAAAACCGGAGCCUUUGCGCUACCAAUAUUGCAAGAGUUAAUAAAUUCUCCACAAGCAUUUUUUGCUUGCGUUCUGUCCCCGACAAGAGAGCUUGCAAUUCAGAUUGCUGAGCAGUUUCAAGCUUUAGGCUCAGAGAUUGGUGUCAAGUGUGCAGUGCUAGUUGGAGGAGUUGACAUGGUGCAACAAUCUAUCAAUCUUGCAAAGCGGCCACAUGUUGUUGUUGCAACACCUGGACGCCUCAUGGAUCAUCUAUCGAACACAAAAGGAUUUUCUCUUCGCUCAUUGAAAUAUUUGGUCAAAAAGCUGCAACGGGCUUGUUUAAGGAACCCUGUGAAGAUUGAAGUAGCAUCAAAAUAUUCUACUGUUGACACACUAAAUCAGCAGUAUCGUUUUCUGCCGGCUAAGUACAAGGAUUGCUAUCUUGUAUAUAUUCUGACCGAGAAGUGUCAGUGUACAACAAUGGUAUUUACUCGUACAUGUGAUGCAACACAGCUUUUGGCUUUGAUGCUUCGAAAUCUUGGCAUAAGGGCCAUCCCAAUUAGUGGUCAUAUGACCCAGUCAAAAAGGCUUGGCGCCUUAAAUAUGUUUAAAGCUGGAGAGUGUAAUGUACUUAUUUGCACUGAUGUGGCCAGUAGAGGAUUGGAUAUUCCAUCAGUGGAUAUGGUUAUUAAUUAUGACAUCCCCACAAAUUCAAAGGAUUAUAUCCAUCGAGUAGGAAGAACUGCUCGUGCUGGACGAUAUGGGGUUGCAAUCUCUCUUGUGAAUCAGUACGAGUUGGAGUGGUAUAUACAGAUAGAGAAGCUUAUUGACAAAAAGUUACCCGAAUUCCCUGCUGAAGAAGAUGAAGUCCUGCUAUUGUUCGAACGUGUCAAAGAGGCCAAAAGACUGGCCCUGAAGAAAAUUAAAGACGGUGGAGGCAAGAAGAGGAAGGGUGAAAACUACGGUGAGGAGGAGGAUAUUGAGAAGUAUUUUGGUCACAAGGGUGGAAAGUCCAAGAAGUUUAAAUCAAGAUGA